UCCGACCGAAUCCCCACUUCGAAGAGAGCCGAAACCCUAACUCGAUUUCGUGGGGAAGUGCGAUCUUCGCUAGCGGAGGGCGUUAUGGCUGUCGCCACUGACAUCGCGGCCAGAACAGUAUCGGUGUUCGCAGUGGUGGCUUUGCUUUCGCUGACUCUGGUGUCCUCCAACUCCGAGGGUGACGCACUCUACGCCCUGAGGAAGAGCCUCUCCGACCCAGGCAACGUGCUCGAGAGCUGGGAUCCGACGCUUGUGAACCCUUGCACUUGGUUCCAUAUCACCUGUAAUCAAGACAAUCGCGUCACUCGCGUGGACCUAGGCAAUUCAAAGUUGUCUGGCCAUCUCGUACCUGACAUUGGACGUCUUGAGCAUUUGCAAUAUCUGGAACUUUACAAAAACAAUAUUCAAGGAACCAUACCAACUGAGUUUGGUAAUCUGAAGAGUCUCAUUAGCUUGGAUUUGUAUAAUAACAACAUCUCAGGGGUUAUCCCGCCAGCAUUAGGGAAGCUGAAGUCUCUAGUUUUCUUACGGUUAAAUGAUAAUCAUUUGACUGGUCAAAUUCCAAGGGAACUUGUUGAAAUUUCUAGCCUCAAAGUUGUAGAUGUAUCAAACAACGAUCUCUGUGGAACAAUUCCCACUACUGGACCAUUUGAACACAUCCCUUUGAACAACUUUGAGAACAAUCCACGCUUGGAAGGUCCAGAGUUGCAGGGACUUGCAUCUUAUGACACCAACUGCUGAAAGCCAUCGGUGACAUGAGUCGCAGCACCAUCACCACUAGUUGUUGGAUGUAAUGUGCUAUAAGAAUAGGUUGUUGCAUAUAUUGGACUUCUCUUUUAGGUUAAGACGUGGUUUGUUGCUGUGUGUCGAUGUAGAUAAGUGUAUCAAGGAUGACAACUUGUUCCCAAUAAAAGUUGGGUCAUGCUUGUGAGUGCAAUCACAUGAUUUUGGUGCUUUCAAGUGGAAGUAUGGAUCUUUGCUGUUA